CACCUCGAGGCUCGUAACCGACCGUUCCUCUAUGAAGUCAUUCCUGGCAUGGACAACCUCAUCACGUUCCUGGAGGACAAGGCCAGUGACGAGAACCUUCCCAUUGCAAUCCGCGCUGCCGUCUUCAAUGGUCUAAAGAUCAUGAAAAAGUACUAUGCCCUCACUGAUGACUCAAUUCUUCUGCGCUGUGGCAUCAUAUGCCACCCUGGCCUCAAGAUGGUCUAUUUCACGAGAGCAGGAUGGAGCACCGACUGGAUAGCUGCAGCUCGCAAGGUCAUCACCGACCUCUGGCUUGAACAUUACAAGCCUGAUGCUCCUGGUACUUGUGCAACAUCUGUCUUCUCUCCGAACAUGGGCCAUUCGGAGCCAACCAAUGUUCUUGAAGAGUACCUCAAUUCUCCCUUGGUACCCACUGAUGAUCCUAUUGGGUACUGGAAUUCCUUCUCGACCACUCCCCGUACUGCCCCUCUUGCUCGCAUGGCUCUUGAUGUCCUCUCUUGCCCUGCUGCUUCAACAGACCUUGAGACUGGUUUCUCCUGUGGAGGCCUCACCGUUUCGAAGCUUCGCCACUCUCUAUCUGAUCAGAGUGUUCGUGCUGCCACAAUCAUCGGUUCUUGGCUGAGGCUAGGUAUUCCCAGAGUCUUAGAUGAAGCCGAGUUGCUUGAGGGCCUCCGUGAUAAGCCGAAGUGGUCGAACAAGGGAAAGGGUAAGGCUAUUGAGUCCAAUAUUGAUGUCCAGGUUGUCGAGUAG